UUUCUUCUCUGUGUGGCUCAUUUUACGCCAUUUUGUCCGCACCACUGUGUUGAUUGGGUUUUUGAGAUCUGUAGUGGAGCCAAUCAGAAGGGAACCGGACAGCCGGAGAAACGGUGAGGAAGAAAAGAUGGAGCAAUAUACAGCUACAGCCAGUGGGGAUCAGAUAGUGGUUCAGGCUGCCAAUGGGCAAAUCCAACAGCAGGCUCAGGGCACUGUAACUGCAGUACAGCUGCAAACAGAAGCACCCGUGGCUACUGCUACAGGCCAGCAAGUGCAGACGCUCCAGGUAGUGCAGGGUCAGCCACUGAUGGUGCAAGUGAGUGGUGGUCAACUGAUCACGUCGUCAGGUCAGCCCAUCAUGGUGCAGGCCAUGUCUGGAGCUCAGGGUCAGACCAUCAUGCAAGUGCCUGUAUCUGGAGCUCAAGGUCUUCAGCAGAUCCAGUUGGUUCAGCCUGGUCAGAUUCAGUUGCAGGGUGGCCAGACGCUGCAGCUGCAGGGUCAGCAGGGUCAAGCUCAACAGAUCAUCAUCCAGCAGCCACAGACUGCCAUCACCGCCGGCCAAAACCAGGGGCAGCAGAUCACAGUACAGGGACAACAGGUUGCACAAACAGCUGAAGGACAGACAAUUGUGUACCAGCCUGUGAACGCUGAUGGCACAGUGCUGCAGCAGGGCGUGAUCACCAUCCCAGCAGGCACCCUGGCAGGCACUCAGAUUGUCCAGGCAGCAGGAGCAGCUAACACCUCCACAACCAACAGCGGGCAGGGCACAGUCACUGUUACCCUGCCCGUAUCUGGAAACAUGGUGAACGCUGGGGGAAUGGUCAUGGUAAGACCUCCUGAUGAGAUGGUACCAGGCAGUGGUGCAGUGCCAGCCAUCCAGCGAAUCCCUCUGCCAGGUGCUGAAAUGCUUGAAGAGGAGCCGCUGUAUGUUAAUGCCAAGCAAUAUCAUCGCAUCCUAAAGAGGCGCCAAGCUCGGGCAAAACUGGAGGCAGAGGGAAAAAUCCCUAAAGAGCGAAAGAAAUACCUUCAUGAGUCACGACACAAACAUGCCAUGCAGAGGAAGCGCGGCGAUGGGGGCCGGUUCUUCUCCCCGAAAGAGAAGGAAGAAAUGGCCUUGGCGAUGCAGCAGGAGCAACAGGACCAGAACCAGACAGGAGAUGAGGCCGUGGCCCAGAUGAUCCGGGUCUCAUAGCAUUAAAACCACUACUGAGUUUGUACAACAAAGUGACUCAAACACAGCACUAACAGACAAACAGUAAUUCGGCCUGGCCUGUUUCUCAUGUCUUCCAGUGAAAGGAGGAUCUCAUUUGUUUUUGUGUCUUCUAAUGGUCUGAUAUUCCUCCAGAGGACGCACAUAGAAGGAGCCAUUACUGUUAAUGUACAGCAUAAUGAAUUCAGCUCGCGUUUUAAAAAGCAAUUAAAUAGCAAAAGCGUGAAUUGACCCUCAGAGAGAUGUCGGAUUCGUUGUUAGUAAUAAGGACUCAUUUACUGUGAUGUUCCAUAAUGGUGGCAGUAGAACACAUUUUGCCAAUGUACUGCAUGAAGACCGAGGCGGUCUGUUUGAUUUUUUUACUGUUUUGGGAAUUCUUGUCAGGUCUAUGAACUCAUAAGUGAGACGUUACUUGGAAAUAAUGUAGGUGUUUUCUGUAAAUAUACAUUGUUGUGUUGUUCAGUGAAUUUGUACAUGUUUGGUGUGUGUGAGCACCGGGGAUACAAUUAAGGCAAAAGGGCAACAUUUUUCAGAAAUCAGCCCUGGUCUCCAAGGAAACACAGGGAACAUGGGGUGUUCUUGCUUCCCAAGCUUCUGCACAGUACAUGUUUCUUUCUAACAUGAACUAAUUUUACAUUAGUGUUUUCAUAAAAUGAUUGUUUGUAUUUUGAGUGAAUAUUUCUGGCUCAUUUAUAGUUUCUUCUUAUGUUCGACAUUUUAGUCGUCUAAUUGUAUUUUGAUAAAAAAGUGUGUGCUGAAAACAUUGCCACAGA